GCUUUUAAAAAGUUUCUACUUUUUUUUUGGCUCAGUUUGAAGGCAACUGUGUAGUGAAUAAGACGUAAAAAAAUCGUUUUUAUCGGUAAAAAAAAGGGGAAAUAAAUAGAUAAGAUAACGAUUGUUUUGAUGUAACAAGUUUCAAAUAGUUUUAUGUUUUAUUUCACCUCGAAGAAAUUUUAUUGAUUCAAGAAUAUGGCUAAUGGAAUCAUGAUUAAAUUUCUUUUUAUGUUGAUGAUGCUUUCAUCAUGUGUGCCACAGAAAUUGCGAAUUCCUGAAAAUUUAGUUUUCUGUUAUAGAGAAAAUUUUACUGAUUAUUGGUAUCCACAAUCGUUACCAUUACUUAUUGACAUCAUAAGAAAAAUCGAAGCUUCACGUCCUACAAGCAUUGAUCUAAGACAUUUAAGCGCCAGAUUAUUUCAUGAUCUUCGUGUUGAUGGCAUUCAGCGUGUACCAUUCACAGAAACAGAAGAUGUUACACCCUUCGUAAGAAAUAGCGUGAUGAGUCAUAAAAACAUUGUUUUACAACAAGUGAUAUCAGAUGUUCCGGGUGAUAUCGAUUACGAAAGCAUUUUAACUCCAGCUGAGCUGUGUACUUUGCAUAAGUUGUUGAGUUGCUCAGUAGAACCACUCGAACGUCAAGAUGAACUACUGCAUUGUCCACAAGAAAUUUUAAACACAACUUCUUUAAAUCGCAAUCACAGGAAAAUAAACAUUCGACCACGAGAUCCUUCAGUUCAUCAUAGACAACCGCAUAGUAAUUUUACUGUCUCAUCACCAAACUUUUCUCGUUGUCCCAUUGAAAUGGGUGUGGUAUUUGAUUCAUAUGGCUUUGCUAUACAUCCAGGCAUUAUUGUUGCAAAUAUUGCAUCUGGAUUGCAACCACAACAAGUCAAAAUUGGAGAAUUCAUAUCAGAGUACAAAUUAAAGGAUCCCUAUGAGAAUUUAGAGACUAUGGAACCAACAGACACAAAGAAAAAAAUUGCAAAAUUAAUAACAUCAUUGAGUUCUGUUGAUAACACUUAUGCUUCAGGUUUAGUUGGUGACAUGGCUGAAGUUGUUUUGUUUCAAGGGCCAUCUGGAAAUUUUACAGUUGGCUUUGAAGGAAUGUGGAAUGAUACAAACUUUCCAAGGAUGCGUCUUUUACGGGGAAACCAGAAUGGCAACUGGCAUUUGACUGACGCUGAAAUUUUUAGCGGAAUCGAUGGAAUUUUCAUGUCGCAACAGGUUUCAUCAUGGAUAUCAAGAAUUCGACGACUCCGACUGUCCCAGAUCAUAGAAAUGUUCUAUUUACACCAAGGAAUUUCUAUUCCAGCAGUUGAAACAAAUGUAAAGAAAACCUUCAAAGGACGAACCCAACAUAAGAAGCCAACCGAUGAUGAAAACAAUGAGCACGAUUUCGCAGUCUCAUUUGAUUCAAGAAAAAUAUUUAAAAAAUCUUUUCAUUAUACGCAAAACAAUAAUGAAAUGCUGGAUGUUGAUAUAAAAUAUCUUUCAAGAUUCUCAAUAGCUGAAGAUGUUUCAAGUGUUUGUCAUAGAAAAAAGAUUGUUGAAAUGAUUGAUGUGGAAAAUUUAAAGGAGGAAACUUAUAACUUCAUUCAAAUUCUGGAAUUUGUGACAAGCAAUGCAAUCAUGUCAUCAGAGCGCUUGAAAUUGAUUUCCGAUCAAGUUGUUGAGCAAACAAUGGAAAGGGCAAGACAACUUGUAGAGUCUACACCGCAAUGCAAAAAUUUUCCAUUAGAUCACAAAAGAAUUGCUGUUGAUCUAACAGUCAUCAUUGAUGGAUCGAGAAAUGCUUAUGAAAAUCUUCAAUUUAUUCAUUCCAUUUCCGAGAUGAUUGACUUGUCAACCUUUGGAUCAUAUAUUUCAGUGAUUCAUGGUGAAUCAGGAACUUUCCUCGUUAACCGAACAAAUAGCGUGUCAAGUUUAUUUGAUCAACUAAAGAAUUCAACAAACUUGAGAAAUCCAAUUCAUUUAUCGCUUUCAAAAUCAUUGCGCUCUCUUAUGUUUCAACUAGUGAACAAAACAAAUUUUGAAAAGGAAACAGGAGUUUAUGGUGCUUUGCCAAAAGUUUGUCUUGUCGUUUCACAAUCGCAUCGUAUCAGUGAAGUUGAUUAUACAUCAGCACAACGCAUCCUGACGGGAACAAUGAAACAAUUUCCCGAUUUAUAUUUUGUAUUUCUAUCAAAUGACAUUGAUACAUUCAAAGAUAUGGUAGAGGAUGUAAGAAUUCAACCAGAAAAUGCCAAUGCUAUUGAAACCAUGGAACGAUAUAAUUUUGUGUCUGCAAGUUCUAUUCAAAUCUCGACAUUCAAAAACUCUCUAGACACAGCAUUGAGAAGCAUUCCUAAAAGAAUUACAUCGCCAUUCUGUGAAAGUCAAGAGAAACGUACGUGGGAUGAUAUCACUAAUCGUAAUGACUUCGAAUUAUAUUUGACGCCAAAUGAAGAAAUUCGUUAUCGUCUCAGUUCUCUUUUUAUGCUUGGAGCAGAGAAUAUUAAUAUCAACUUUCAAGGUACCGGAUAUGGUGAUUUUACCGUUUGCAUGGCCAGAAGCCAUGACAUGCUAUCACAGGAAUGCAAAACGGUUCGUGAUAUAGAAAAUGCGUGGUUCAACACAAGCCAACCUUGUUUAAAACGAAAUGCUGACAAUUGUCCAAGUAUGUACUUUAGUAUCCAAGUUGAUACAACGUACUUGAAAUGUUCUGAGGCAGAUUGUCGAUUUCCUUAUAACUUGCGAAUAAUUGUGAAACCGGAAGGUCUGCGAUGUGAAAGAGCUGGUUCGGAAAAUGUUACUGCUAAAUUGAGUUUAUUAAUUUUGUCCCUUUCUAUUAUGUCAUUCAUUUGAAACUAAUUUAAUUUAUGUAAAUACUUUUUUUUUAUCGGAAAUCAAUUUCUUUUAACCUCGCCAUUCUCUCUUUCGUUGUUAACCCUUCUUUAAAUUAAGUUUCACAGAAUAUAUUUAUCGUUGUUGAAAAAAAUAUGGCAGAAAGAAAGAAAUAAAUAAAUCUAGGGAGGAUAAACUUUUCGGUCGCCAAUCUCCAAUUCAAAUCAACAUCAAUUGACUUAGAAGUUUGUAUUAUCAUAAGCUUACGAAGCCAAAUUUCAGGGAAAUUUGUUUAGUUCUUGAGAAAAUCAUUUUCGAGAUUUUCCGGGAGGCAAAAUCUCUAAAUAAUGACAAACUUUGUUCUUACCCAAUAAAAAUCAAUCGUGUCGCAAUAAAUGUACAAGCCUAUUUAUUAUAAUGUUCUAUGCUUUUUAGAAUUGCGAAUGACAUAAUAAAAUAGAUAGAUAAAG